GAUCUUUGUGUUUUUGAUUAAUGGCAGCUCCUCAAGAUCUAAGUGGAACCCAGUUAUUUAAAUACAAAAUCGUGUUGCUCGGAGAAACAGCCGUUGGAAAAUCCAGUAUCGUCCAGCGAUAUGUUCGAGAUCAGUUUUUAGAUAAUCAGGAAAGCACAAUUGGAGCUGCUUUUUUGAGCCAGACUAUUAAGAUUGAUAAUGAUAUCGUUAAAUUUGAUAUUUGGGAUACGGCUGGACAAGAACGGUACCACUCUUUGGCCCCCAUGUAUUACCGCGGAGCGAAGGGUGCUCUGGUGAUCUACGACAUUACCAGUCGAACAACUUUUGCUCGUGCCAAGAACUGGGUCACGGAGCUGAAGCAGAACUCUGGAAAUCCCGAUAUGGUGAUUGCUCUCGCCGGUAACAAGUGCGACCUGGCGAUGAACAGAGAAGUCCCUAAAGAGCUCGCCGAGGAGUACGCCAAGGAGAGCAACAUUCUCUUCAUGGAAGUCUCCGCCAAAACGAAGGAGAACAUCGACCUCAUCUUCGAAACCCUCGCCCGUCGCUUGCCCCGAACGCGCACGCCGGUGCCCUCGCCGACGACGACGCCCGUCGUGGCUCCCGCCCCCGCUGAGACCAAGAAAGGUUGCUGUAAUUGUCUUGUUUGUUGCUCAAACACGCCAUUGCAUCGCCUCGUACAUCAUAUAGAUCGUUUCGCGCAGCUCCUUCACCGCCUGCUUGCUCAGCUUCCGCGCCAGCGCGUUGCUGACGAUGGAGUCCACGAUGUCCAGCUUGUACUCCGUCUGGUGCUUCUUCACCCACGCGAGGAUAUCCGCUGGCUCCUCCAGCUUGCAGCAGGUGAGGUAGUCCAGAACGUACUUGAGGUCCUUCACGCUCUCGAACGGCUGGAUCACGCAGAUGUCCGAGGCGAAGUUGUACAGCGCGUUCGCGUCCAGCGACAUCUGCUCGCGGCCUUCUUGCGAGCACUUCUUGACCGCUGCGUAGCUGACGACGAGCUCUUCGAGGAUGACGCCCAUGAUAACGGCCCAGAAGCGACCCACACACGUGGAGGUGAACCGAUUUUCCUGCAGCUGCGAGUGAGAAAGAAAGACAAAACCCAAGUACCGCGGUGUUGA